GGUCAAUUGUGCUUUAACAGUUGCUACAAUUCACAAUCUCUCUGUUGGAUUACCAUCUUACUAGUGCUACUUUUUAUGGACUAUUUUUGUGCCUACAAUUAGUGCUAUUUUAUUGAGGAAGAUAAUUUAGUGUGACAGUGAUUUUUGUGCACUCUGGAUAUCACCUCUGGAUUAUAUUCUUUGGAUUAUUUUGGUGUACCUUGGAUUAUUCUACUCCCUAUAUAUCAGGAUUAUUGGUGUAAUAAUUUAGUGAAUUAUUUCCCUAAGUGAACCUCUUUCCUACUCGAUCAACGAUCACAAGAGGCUUUUGUGGAUUUUUCCAGUGCUCAAGAAAAGUCUCUUACGUGUGUUUGCUUAGGAACAGAAAACAAAGUUGAUUGAAAAAUGAGUUACAAAGACGUAACUCCGGUUUUGCGUUCUCGGACCCAUGCAAGGUGUCCUGAAGAAGAAAUUGUGAUCUCCGGAAUUUCCGGACGAUUUCCAAAUUCAGACAAUAUCAGCGAAUUCGCCAAGAAUCUGUACAACAAGGUGGAUCUCAUUGAUGACGAUGAGAGACGUUGGCGUCAUACUUAUGCCGAAAUCCCCAAAAGAUCGGGAAAGAUCAAUCAUCUUGAGAAAUUCGAUGCCACCUUUUUCGGUGUCCACUUUAAGCAGGCUCACACAAUGGACCCCCAAUCACGUCUACUAGUCGAGAGAGCCUACGAGGCCGUUCUCGAUGCCGGAAUCAACCCUAAAUCACUCCGUGGGAGUCGAACGGGAGUCUUCAUAGGUGCCUGUUUCUCAGAAUCCGAAAAGACCUGGUUUUACGAAAAGGUCUCAACUGGAGGAUUUGGUAUCACGGGAUGCAGUCGUGCCAUGAUGGCCAACAGGAUCUCAUAUUCAUUGGGUCUCCAAGGACCAUCUUUGCUCUCUGAUACGGCCUGCAGUAGCUCCAUGACAGCCCUCGAUAUAGCUUUCAGUGCCAUGAGGAACGGCGAGUGUGAUGCUGCCAUUGUCGGUGGAGCUAAUCUCUUACUUCAUCCUUACGUUACUCUCCAGUUCGCUCGCCUGGGUGUACUUUCAAUGGAUGGCUACUGUCGACCUUUCGACAAAGAUGGUAAGGGAUAUACCCGAUCCGAGGCUAUCUGUUGCAUCUUUCUGCAACAGGCCAAAGACGCCAAGCGAAUUUACGCCAAGAUCAUCUACUCCAAAAUCAACUGUGAUGGGUACAAGGAGGAAGGUAUCACCUACCCAUCUGGUCAGAUGCAGAGAAAACUCCUUACGGAAUUCUACCAGGAAGUGGGUAUUGAUCCGCGAAAAGUUGAUUUUAUGGAGGCUCACAGUACUGGUACUCUUGCUGGAGAUCCUGAAGAGUGUUCUGCCCUCGAUGCUGUCUUCUGCACCGGCAGGGAAAAACCUCUACCCGUGGGAUCUGUGAAGAGUAACAUCGGACAUUCGGAGUCUGCAUCGGGAACUUGCAGCAUUGCUAAAGUGAUCAUCGCGAUGGAGAAUGAUCUCAUUCCGCCAAAUAUUAACUUUACGGCUGUUCGACCUGGAAUUCCUGCUCUCUUGGAAGGGCGUUUGGAAGUGGUCACUGAGCCUACAAAACUAGAUGGACCACUGAUAGGAGUAAAUUCCUUUGGAUUCGGUGGUGCUAAUGCCCAUGCUCUCCUCGAAGCGAAUCCCAAAAGCAAAGUUAAUCAUGGCGAGCCACAAGAUGAUCUUCCCAGGUUGGUGAUUUGGUCAGGAAGAACAGAAGAAGCUGUCAAUGAAGUGCUCGAUUUUAUGGUAACGCGUCCACUCGAUGCUGAAUUCGUAGGAUUGCUGCACAGUACCCAAAUGGAUAGUGUAUCUGGGAAUGUUUUCCGAAGCUACGGGCUCUAUCGGAAGGAUCCUAAUGGCGGAAAUGCAAUUUGCUUGAGUCGAGAAGCUCAACAUUAUACUGGAGUUAAGAGACCAGCUGUCUGGGUAUUUAGUGGAAUGGGCAGUCAGUGGUGUGAGAUGGGAACAUCCCUCAUGAACAUGCCAAUGUUCAGAAAGUCAAUCGAACGCUGUCAUGAGAUCUUGAAGCCGAAAAAACUCGAUCUCAUUGGUAUCCUUACAUCCACUGAUCCCACAACCUACGACAACAUUCUUCAUUCGUUUGUCGGAAUCGCUGCCAUUCAAAUAGCUCUCGUGGACAUUCUAAAGUCCCUAGAUCUGGAGCCUGAUUACAUUAUUGGACACUCUGUGGGAGAAUUGGGUUGUGCUUAUGCUGAUGGAUGCUUUACAGCUGAAGAAAUGAUCUUAGCAGCUUACUGUCGUGGAAAAGUUAGCGUAGAGACUGAAAAGAUCUUCGGAUCAAUGGCCGCUGUAGGUCUAGGUUUCCGGAAAAUCCGGAGUCUUCUGCCACCUGGCAUUGAAGUUGCUUGUCACAACAGCCCAGAUUCUUGUACAAUCUCAGGCCCUGCCGACGCUAUUGAGAAGUUUGUGGCAGAACUCAAGAGUCAGGGGAUAUUUGCCAAGGAAGUUCCUUGCUCCAAUAUCGCCUACCACUCUCGAUACAUCGCUGAUAUGGGUCCAAAAUUGAAAGCUCUGCUCACUGAAGUGAUCCCUGAGCCCAAGAAACGUUCUCCCCGAUGGCUCAGUACAAGUGUUCCUAAGCAGAGAUGGGAUUACACUGAGAAUCACUACAGUUCAGCUCAGUAUCACACCAACAAUCUACUUAACUCUGUACUUUUUGAAGAAACCUCAGCUAUGCUGCCCAACAAUGCAAUCACCAUUGAAGUUGCUCCACAUGGACUUCUUCAGGCUAUCCUUAAGAAAUCAAUGCCCAAUGCUGUACACACCGGGCUCGCCCAGCGAGGAAAUAAGGACAAUAUUCAGUUCUUGUUCACAGCUCUUGGAAAGAUUUACAUGAAUGGCGUUGAUAUUCCCAUUGAUCGAAUGUAUCCUCCAGUUCAAUUCCCAGUUUCUCGGGGAACUCCCAUGAUCUCUCCUCUGAUCAAAUGGGAUCACAGUGAGGAUUGGUAUGUGACAAAGUUUGAAGCCCUGAAGAUCCUUAAAUCUGGAGAACGUCGUUGUAAAGUCCAGCUCACAAUGGACGAUUAUGAAUAUAUCUCUGGGCACACGAUUGAUGGAAGAAUCCUUUUCCCAGCUACUGGAUACCUCCAUCUUGUUUGGGAAACUUACGGAAUGAUGAAGGGAGAUUUGUUCUUCGACAUGGAAAUUGAAUUUACCGACGUGCGUUUCCUCAGAGCCACAAAUAUGACCAAGGAUACAGAAAUCGAAUUUCUCAUCAUGAUCCAACCGGGAACUGGUCGAUUUGAAAUUACAGAGGGAUCAUCGGCUGUUGUGACGGGCCUUAUAAAGCAAUUGGAACCAGGAACAUCCUUAAUUAGCUUCCCCGAUCCUGCCCCAUCGAAGUAUCCCAUGUUGCAAGCUAAGGACUUCUACAAGGAGCUCCGUCUGCGUGGAUAUCAAUACAAUGGCUUCUUCAGGGCGGUACAUGAAGCCAGGGGAGAUGGAUUGGUGGGAAAGGUUAAGUUCGAGAAGAACUGGGUACCUUUCCUCGAUUGUCUUCUGCAGGUUCAUAUAGUUGGUCAGGAUUCUCGAUCUCUUAUGCUUCCUACUCGAAUUCAGAGGAUGCGUAUCAACGGACGAGACCACAUGAACAUGUUCAAUGAGGAAAAUCCCUAUUUUGACGUCAAGGUUUCAAAAGAGCUCAACAUAAUCAGUUCUGGAGGAGUUGAGAUUGUAGGCUUACACGCAAGUCCUGUAGCUCGACGUCGUCCACCUGGUGUUCCAGUUCUCGAGACAUAUAAGUUCAUUCCCCAUCUCCCAACUCCCGAAAUGUCCAAAAUCGAUGCUAUUCGAACAUGUGUUCAGCUCGCCCUUGAGAAUAAUCCCAAUUUCAAAGUGAAAGUAGUGGAAGUGGACACAAAUGAGUCCACUGAGCCCAUUAUCACCUUUUUCCAAGAAGCUUUGGGUGAUCUACCUCUGGUUUCCACAGAUCUCAUGUACCUAACAGCAAGGGAAAUUGAGCUGCAGGAAGUUCAUGUUGAAAAUGGAAAACUCUCCACUCAGACCAACUGUAUGUUUGUUAUAGCUUCGGAUUGCUUGGCAAAUCCUGAUUUCGUAGAGAAGUCUGUAGUGAGUCUAACAGAAAACGCAUAUCUCGUAACUCGAGAGUCUAAAGAUCUUCAUGUGGAGGAUAUUAAAAUUCCACCAGGCUUCCAAUUGAUUCUGUCAAUUCCAACUGAAGAUGAGACUAUUGUUAUGUGUCAUCGUUUGCGUCGCAAACUAAUUGGAAAUCCCACUGUGGUUAAGAUUUCUAUGGAGGAUACUAAGUACGAAUGGCUAAACAAAAUCCGAGCUGCAAUGAAGACUGGUCCUGUAACUUUGGUAUCUGAGGGAGAACCCACGUCCGGAAUCAUCGGCUUGGUGAAUUGUUUGAGAAAAGAACCCGAUGGAUACCUUAUCAGUUGUGUCUUUGUGGACGAUUCAAGUGCUCCUCCGUUUGACUUCGACAAUCCUUACUUCAAAGCUCAUCUCAAGCUUUCUCUGGCUAUCAAUGUCUGCCGCGGAGGUCGUUGGGGAAGUUACCGGCAUUUGAAGCUUGAACAAGUUCAUACUUCUGCACCUACAAAGCAGCAUUGUUUCGCCAACGUCCUCACACGUGGAGACCUCACCUCGUUAUCUUGGCUCCAUGGUGGACUUUCAGAGCGCUACUUUGACGAAGAGGGUGUCGUUCAUGUCAUGUACUCUUCUCUCAAUUUCCGCGAUAUCAUGCUGGCUACUGGAAAACUAGCCGUAGAAGUUGUUGGAUCAACUCGUUUGGAGCAAGAAUGUGUCCUAGGCUUUGAGUAUUCUGGGAUCGACAAUCGAGGUCGUCGGGUUAUGGGAAUGGUAAAUUGCGGAGCAUUGGGAACUCACCUAAUUUCCGACGAGAAGCUCACAUUCAACGUACCUGAUCACUGGACUCUUCAAGAAGCCGCCACAGUACCCGUGGUUUAUCUAACUGUCUACAUUGCUUUCUUCAUUAGUACCACAAUUAAAAAGGGCAAAUCUAUUUUGAUCCACGCUGGAACUGGUGGCGUCGGAAUGGCAGCCAUUCGUACCGCAUUUGAAUAUGGUUUGGAUGUCUACACGACAGUAAGCACACCAGAGAAGAAAAAGUUCCUGCUGGAGAAAUUCCCCAAACUCAAGGAAAGUCACAUCGGCAAUUCACGUAACACUACUUUCGAAAAGAUGAUCAUGUUGCAGACAAAGGGCAAGGGUGUUGACUACGUACUCAAUUCCCUCUCCGAUGACAAACUUCAUGCUUCAGUAAGGUGUUUAGGAAUUGGUGGAAAAUUCCUUGAAAUCGGCAAAUUUGACAUGGCAAACGAUACAAAACUCGGACUUGGAGUCUUUCUCAGAGAAAUCUCCUUCUGUGCAGUUCUCGCAGAUAAUCUUUUCAAAACCACUUCGGAUUACAAAGAGUACCUCUUCAAUCUCAUCCGUCGUGAUAUCGAUUCAGGAAUUAUUAUACCUCUUCCAUCGACUGUUUUCGAAGCUCAAGACGUUGAGAAGGCUUUCAGAUUCUUGGCCAGUGGAAAGCAUAUGGGAAAAGUUUUGCUGAAGAUACGAGAAAAUGAGAAAGACAAACUAACUUAUCCUAUCACAAUCACUCCUCGAGUUAAUUGUGACUUUGAAUUCUCUUAUAUCAUUCCGGGAGGUUUGGGAGGAUUUGGACUCGAAUUGGCAGAUUGGUUGGUUAUUAGAGGAGCAAGAAAACUUGUUCUCAGCUCAAGCCGAGGAAUUACAAAGCAGUACCAAGCAUACAGAAUAAGGAUCUGGGAAACAUACGGUGCCAAAAUCGUCGUCAGUACAGCCAACAUUGCAACACGCGAAGGAUGCCAGCAGUUGAUUCAGCAAGCAGCAAAACUGGGUCCCGUUGGUGGAAUCUUCAACUUGGCUGUAGUUCUCCGAGAUAGCAUUCUUGAGAAUCAAAAUGAAGAGAAAUUUACCGAAUCAAUGGCACCCAAAGCUAUAGCUACAAAGUACCUGGACGAACUAACACGCACCAUGUGUCCACAUCUUCAACAAUUCGUUGUCUUCUCGAGUGUCUCCUGUGGCAGAGGAAAUGCCGGGCAGUGUAACUACGGAAUGGCUAAUUCUGUUAUGGAGAGGAUCAUAGAGAAGCGUGUAGCCGAUGGAUUGCCAGGAAAAGCAAUCCAGUGGGGUGCAGUGGGAGAAGUAGGAUUGGUAGCAGACAUGCAGGAAGACAAGAUUGAUAUGGAGAUCGGAGGAACACUACAACAGAGGAUUUCGUCCUGCCUCACAGAACUCGACAAUCUCCUCACAACUGACGAUCCCAUCGUGGCGAGUAUGGUUGUGGCUGAAAAACGAGCCGGAAGUGGUGGAAAGGGCAACAUCAUUGAAACCGUGAUGAACAUAAUGAGUAUUCGCGAUAUCAAGUCCAUCUCCAUGGACGCUACAUUGUCAGAACUGGGAAUGGACUCUCUCAUGGCUGUUGAAAUUAAACAGACACUAGAGAGAGAAUUUGAACUGUUCCUAACACCCCAAGACCUUCGAUCGCUCACCUUCAUGAAGCUCCAAGAAUUGGCGGACAGUCGCGAUAAAGAUGGUAGUGAGAAUGUUAAGCUCAAGCUGGCCAAUGAUGACAAACCCGUUGGAAUGGCGAUGCUUUUGCGAAAUUUGGGAGAUGAAACGAACAGCGAGAAGACAAUCUUACGCGUCAAGAGUCGCGAUGAGAACGUCAAGUAUGUUUCCUGCGCACUCAUGAUCCCUGGCAUUGAGGGUGUUGCUGGAAAUGCUUUCUAUGCCAUCAGUGCAAAUAUCUCUCUACCGGCAUUUGUUCUGCAACUCACCCAUACCAUCAGAAUCCAAUCGAUUCCCGAGAUCGCAAAAGCAGUUAUUGAAGACAUCAAGAAUGAAGUGAUGAAAACAUCUGAAUUCUUCUACCUCGUCGGAUACUCCUUUGGGGCUUUCAUCACACUUGAGAUUGCCCGACUGCUCGAGGAAUCAGGAAUGUCUGGACAAAUUCUUUUGAUAGACGGAGCUCCUGCCUUCCUCAAGCGUCUUGCCAUUGGUCAAAUGACCGAAGACUACACCGACGAAACAAUUCAGAUUGUCUUGAUUUCUGGUAUCAUUCGCAUAAUCUUCCCCGACGAGAAUGCUGAGGAUCUCUUUGCCAGGAUAUCUGAACUGAAAACAUGGGAGGAUCGUGUGAACAAGUUGGUGGAAUUGAGCAAACAUCAGCAUGUCUAUUCCGAGGGCUACCUACGAUUAAUGGCCGAUGCCUUGCUCAUGAGACUCAAGGUCAUCCUGGAAGCAGAUAUUACCAACAUUGUGCCUCUCAAAUGUCCCAUAACCCUCGUUCGUCCCACCGAAGUGUCCAUUGUGGACAUCGAUGAGGACUACGAGCUAUCUAAGUACACAACUGGCCCUGUGAAUCUCAAAUUCAUCGAGGGCAAUCACAUCUCCAUGCUGGAGAACAGCAAACUUCCACAGAUCAUCAAUGAUCUCGACCCCAAGUUGGAGUCAGACAAAGCCUUCAAGAAGUACCUCACAAACUAAAUGUAACGACUUCUAAUUUCAUUAAAAAACUUCAUUAUUCUGUAUUUCAUUGUGGUGAAAAGCUCACGAUAAAUUCAUUUUACAAUUGUUUUAAAAAAUGAUUAAAAAGAAAUAAAUACCGAAAGAAAUAUUUA